UUACCAAAGCUCUUGCGUAGUCGUCCAUGUCAACUUCAAACACUCCCGCUCCGGCUUCACAUUCCGCCUCGCCCGCUCCCGAUCAGGCUAAGAGACGACAUGUACUCACCGCUGUCGAACGACAGCGGUCACAGCUUGAUCGACUCCUCAAGGAUCCCUCGAAGCCUGCCUAUGUACCUCCUGCACCAAAGGAGAAGACUAUUCGCCCGGCUCGCGAGAUGAUGAAGAAUGUCCAGGGAUCAAGUGCUGGUGCCGGAAGCGGCGAGUUUCACGUAUACAAAGCCAGUAGGCGCAGAGAAUACGAGCGACUGAAGAUAAUGGAAGAUGAAGCGAGAAUAGAAUCUGAAACAGCAGAGUUUGAGAGAAGGCGGAAAGAAGCGGAGGAUACAGCUGAAGUCAAGACAGCCAAAAACAGAGCCAAGCGACAAAAGAAGAAGGAAAGAGCAAAAGUUAAGCCAUCAGAGAAAGGUGUUGGGAAGGAUGGCACGCAAGAAGCUCCAUUGAAGAAAAGACGAUUGGUAAAUGGAAAGGAACUCGUGUUUAGGAAACCUGGGGAGGAGAGCGACGAAGAAGAGGUGGAUGACGCUGAGGAACACGAUAAAGUCGGUUUACAGGAUGACUUGGAGGCAGAACAGGUUCCAUCCGAGGAAACACCCCAAAUUGCACAGGAGCAACGAAUAACUUUUCACGAGGAUGACUAGGCUUGUUUUUCACUCACCAUGCAUGUCUUCCAACGCCAGUACUAAAGCUCCGUGACAGAACCUGACCUUCAGAGCAAGCAACGCGCACAUAUUUUAAUCAAUUGAUGUCCUACCGUUCUUUUGGCGGAACCCGUUACUAGGGGUCGGCUGUACAAAAAUGUUUGCAUUCAAGUAGCUGAUCGUGCC